AAGCUUUGUUAAAUUAUUUUCCAUUGGAUAAUUUUUAUCUUGUCGACUAAUAGAAAUUGAAUUAACAAAAUUCGUUUGCAACCACCACAAACAUUCCGAAAUAUUUCUGUUCAACUUGUUGUUAAAAACAAAGGAUUAUUGAUGUUGCUCAUUUAUCCCAUUUUUCAUCGUUCAGUCUAAGAGGAACAUCAUACAUUAAUCUGUGUUUUAAAGUAGACUCACUUGGGAAAAAUGGAAAAUUUUGUGCUGUAUGAAGAACUUGGAAGAGGAGAUCAUUCCAUUAUCUACAAAGGUCGAAGAAAGGGAACCAUAAACUUUGUAGCCAUUCACUGCAUAGAGAAAUGUAAACGACCAGAGGUUACCAAUACUGUGAGGAUGACUCAUGACAUCAGCCAUCCCAAUGUAGUGAAGUUUUACGAGUGGUAUGAGACCAGUAACCACUUGUGGUUGGUGGUAGAACUGUGCACUGGUGGUAGCCUGGCCACACUUAUCACUCAGGACAGGAACCUUCCAGAGAGCUCCAUCAGGUCUUUUGGCAUUGACCUUGUCACGGGAAUCCAUUACAUACACUCACUGGGAAUUCUUUUCUGUGACCUUCGACCCACAAAGAUACUGCUGGAUGGUUCAGGAACUCUGAAGUAUGCUGAUUUUGGCCUGUCCAGAGUAGAGGGAGAGAUUUUGGAGGAGUUGUUUGAGAAGUUUGCCGAUGCAGGAGAAAUGUGGAGCAAUGAAGCUGACCUAGAUGACAACCCUCUCUCCAAAAAAUACAAAACCACAGGAGCCCCCACUUACAUGUCCCCGGAGGGCUUUCAGUCACAAGAGAUUACAAUCCUGAGUGAUCUGUGGUCACUGGGCUGUGUGUUGUAUGAAAUGUUUACCGGACAUCCUCCGUUCCUAGCUGAAUCUUUUCAACAACUGAAGGAGAAAAUUUUGCACAAGGAAUUGCCUCCUCCAAAAGUGAAAGGAAGCAGAUUUUCAUCGAAACCAUCUCCAGAUUUUCAUAAUUUGUUGGAGGGACUUCUUCAAAAGGAUCCCGAUAAAAGAAUGGGUUGGCCUGGUUUGGUGAACCAUUCCUUUUGGCAAGGUCGCCUAAGUCAUCUGGCCAAAGACCUUGUGACCUCGCAGGAGGUCAGGAGUAGCAUUGUCAACACCACACGGAGCAGUGUGCUGGUGGAGGGAACUGCUUCUGCCCUGGGGAGGAUCAAGACGGUGGAUCUCAAGAAGAGCAUGGACCGCCCGGUGUCUACCUUGGAAACCGAGGGAACCAGACCAGGUUCUACAAUGGGUGAUUAUAUGAGACCAAAAACAGCCCCUGGAAAUGAAGGAGGGUCAACAUUGUUUACUUUGAGCACCCGACCCCCCACUGCUGUUCCUCCUGAUGAGAAACUUGCCCCCACCCAGAAGCCCACCCAGUCCCCCUUGUCAACACGGGAGGUCAGGGAGACUAUCGGGACCACGGGCGGGGAAUCCCAGGCGGACGAGACCAAGAAUGAGGCCCUGGAGCUAAUAUAUCAUCACAGUGACUUCCAUAUCACCCCCAUAGUGGACAACACAAAGAUUCACAUGCAUGCACAUCAUCAAGCUAAGAUACAGAAACCAGGAGCAGCCAAGUUUGAUGCCAAAAUAUUACCUGUUCCACCUUUCACAGCUGAAAAGAUGGCAAACAUGUCAGAGAAAGAAUUAUCAAAGCAUAUCAAGGCCAUUAUUGACGGUCUGUCAAUCAAUGAAAAAGGCCCGCCCUCACAGAAAAGGAUUCACCUACUCCACUACCUGACAGGCCUCUCCACCAAUCCACAGGUGGCUACAGCCCUAACCCGGAACAACGUACUGUCAGUCCUAGCCAAAGUUGUCAAAGAGACGCAACAUCUUGAUGUUAAGACAAAGGCUGCAAGAGUGAUUGGACUGAUAGCAGGGAAUGCAGAGGACUUGGACGAGAGUGUCACGAUAUCGGAAUCCAUAGCAACACUGACAGAGGUCAUCAGAGAGAAUGUCAAGAAUGGGAAACUUAAGCAGGGGGUUCUUCCAGCUGUGGGAGAGCUCCUUUAUUUUGUAGCACAGCAGGAAGUGAAGCAUGGAAAGACAUGUGACAACUGGAGCGUGACCUCAAUGACCUACACUGUCAUCACCAGGUGCUGCAGGGAAGGGGAGGAUGCCGUGGUGAAUCACAUCGCGGCUAAAACUGUGGAGAAUGUGGUGGCCACUCAAAGUACUCAUGCCCAGAAAUUUGUCAGCAAUGAAAUGGGCCAGUCAUUGUGGUAUAUCUUCAAGCAUUCCACUGUGGACUCACUUAGAAUUACUGCCCUUAAUGCUCUGUGUAGAAUCACCCAUCACAAUUCCACAGUGUUCCAGAGUGUCAUUGAUACCGUUGGCAUGACAACCAUUCUGUCUGCAUUGUCUUUUGGAAUCACCAAAAUUCAGCAGUCUAUAGUCACCAUGUUUGGAGCUUUGAUUGCCUCAGGACAGAGCCUAAACAGAGUGGUUCAGGAUAAGGACUUCCUUCAAAAACUGAUUCGCUUGCUCGACUCCCCAUCCGUUGUCAUCAGGGCCAAGGCUUUUGUUGUCAUUCAUGAGGUUGUCAAGAACAACUAUGAUCUUUUGCUCAACAGUUGUCAAUCAAGGUUGGUGAUGUACAUUGAGCGAGACAGUCGGCGUCAGACACCGCGUGAGGGUAAGGCCCCGGAGAACAACGGCUCUGAGAGCGUGGAGUACCUGAUGCAGUGUCUGGACCUCCUCAUCAACCACAUGGUAGACGUCGUACCCAGGCUGUUCAAGGAGAUAGUGACCUCAUUAGAUGCUGUGAUGGGGAGGAAGCACCCUAACGCUGUCCAGGCCAAACAGCUGCGCUCCUCCCUCCCCCUGAUUCACGUAUUCCUACACCUGGUCACAAGUCAGGUAUUUCGACCAAAGAUUGUAAACGAGGAAUUCAUUAAAAACCUGUCUUCUGUGCUGUCUCACAUCAAGAGUAUAGAACUAGGGGAAACAAAUAUAGAAGGAGCUAGUGCAGACAAACUGAAAGGAUCCAUUUCGCCCUCAGACUUUGUGACGACAACCAUGUCAGUCCUGGAGGGCAUAUCCCAGCAUCCUAUGAUAGUUGCCGAGUACCAUCAGGUGAUUCUGGAGAGUGUUCUGCCCAUCAUAGCUGACUUAGUGGUCAGCCAGAAUGGAGAAACUCGAGCCCUAUCCCUGAGACUGUUUUCUGAGAUUGCCUCUGUGUAUCUGAACCAAGAACAGUAUGCUGCUGGUGAGAAAAAGAUGAAUGUGGCAGGACUUCAUAAAAUCAUCACAGAGAGACUGUUACCACAGUUUGAGCAGAUUCUGUUGGACCAGGAGCCCCUCCCCAGCUAUGGACUGAAGCUGCUGCUGACCCUCCUGGAUCAGAAUGGGGGGUUUGUUAAACAGUUUGAACAGCAAGGGCUGGUGUCGGUCAUAUUCCAAGUCAUGAUGGACCACCAGAGUAAUCCACUGAACAGCUCCAUGCAGAGUAUAGCGGGUAUACUGAACUGUCUGGUGGCUCACAAAGACACGAACAUGAAGGACCUGUAUGAACAAGGUUUGAUCGACUACUUUACCACACUGUUUUUUGACGUGACCACGGCGUGUUUGGACACGGAGGAUCAUGCUGACAACAAGAUAGCCCACUCCAUGCUACAGAACCUUCUGGACACCCUCCACAGUAUGUUCAAAUAUGUCUCGGAGGUCGUCAGGAAAGCACUGCAGUCACAGACAGAGGUAUCAACAAACAAGAAGGCUGGAGGGGAGGGAGGGAAUCGGGAGGCGGAGGAGGCAGAGCAGCUGUUACUGACCAACAAGUCCCUCACUGACCUGACAACCAUACUGACCCAGCUGCUGUGUUUUGAGGACACAGAUAUUCAGGACUUUUCCACCAAAUGUCUCUCUCUGCUGGUUCAGCUGUUCGGAGGAGAGAAUAAAGAUUCCAUGACUCCAGAAAAUAUGGAAUAUUACAGCAAGGCACUGAAGAAAGCUGAUGCUAAAAAGCAGAAAGUUCUUUUAAGGAUCAUAAAGAGAUUACUAAGUACAGAGAGAGUACAUGUGGAGUCAAUGAAGCAGCAUGGGGAGACUCUUGCCAACACCAUCAGAAAUCUGGUCCAAACCGCCAGUUCCCAUGCCGAUGUAGCCAUUUCCUCCCUUGCAGCAGACAUCUUGAAAAUGACUGGUUAUUUGAAAUAAUUGUGAUCUUAUUCAUGCCCUAAAGAUCUAAAAGUGUUCAGUUGUUGAAUGUUUAUUCAUAUUGUGUAUGUUGUUAUAGUAUUAAGCACAGAUUGACAAUUGUUGCUUGUAUACUUUUAUACAUCUUGUGUAGAUCUAAUGCUAUAGAAAAAAUACUAGUGUCUAGGGGCUUUACACCACGUUAUACUUAUAAAAUUUGUGUGUAUUUAUUUUCUAAAGAAAAUCCGUCCUUAAUAGAAACUUGACUAUGUAACAAAGAAUAAAAAAGAUUAAAAAAAAAUGAUUUGUUAUUAA